GGCCUUUCGUCUUCCUCACUUCAGGUCGUCUUCGAGCAGCUCGUCCUCCUCCUCGCUGACUAGCUCCUCCUUUUCUCUUUCCUCUGUUCAGCGAUCGAGAAUUCAUUUUUGUGAGCCGCGUACUUGCUUUCGUCUGCUCGCGACAUGGAGGCAGCAAGCGCUCUGAUGGCCGCCUCCCCUUCUGCGGCUUUGCUCAGAGGUCGAAGCUUGGGCGUGAAAGCUGCUUGCCGAAGAAGACAGGUUUCGGUGAGAGCUUGCGCGGAGAGCGGCGAUGGGAAGAUUAUGAUUUCCAAAGACAAGAGUGGGUGGAAGAUCGAUUACUCAGGGGAGAAGCCGGCGACCCCUAUUUUGGAUACCAUCAAUUACCCUAUUCACAUGAAGAAUCUUUCCACGCAGGAUCUGGAGCAAUUAGCUGCGGAGCUGAGAGCUGAAAUUGUCUUCACUGUGGCCGAGACUGGUGGGCACUUGAGCUCCAGUUUGGGGGUGGUAGAUCUAUCAGUGGCUCUCCAUCACGUGUUCGAUACCCCUGAAGACAAGAUCAUUUUUGACGUCGGCCACCAAGCCUACCCCCACAAGAUAUUGACCGGAAGAAGGUCGAAGAUGCACACCAUCAGGCAAACCGACGGGCUCGCCGGAUUCCCCAAGAGAGAAGAGAGCGAGCACGAUGCCUUUGGUGUUGGUCACAGUUCCACAAGCAUCUCCGCAGGGCUUGGAAUGGCUGUUGCUAGGGAUUUGCAGGGGAAGAAGAACCAUGUCAUUGCGGUGAUUGGGGAUGGAGCCAUGACCGCAGGCCAAGCCUAUGAAGCCAUGAACAAUGCUGGCUACUUAGACUCUAACCUUAUCAUCGUGUUGAAUGACAAUAAACAAGUUUCACUUCCAACUGCAACCCUUGAUGGACCAGCAGCUCCUGUCGGGGCGCUUACUAAGGCCCUCACCAAGCUUCAAUCCAGCAACAAGUUCAGGAUGCUCCCGGAAGCAACCAAGGAUGUCACGAAGCAGAUCGGUGAGCAAACGCACAAGAUUGUUUCGAAGGUGGAUGAAUUUGCUCACGGAGUGAUGAGUGCCCCAGGUUCUUCUUUGUUCGAGGAACUCGGUCUGUACUACAUUGGGCCUGUAGAUGGGCAUAAUGUAGGCGACCUGGUUUCCAUUUUUGAGAAGGUGAAGUCCAUGCCAGCUUCGGGUCCUGUCCUCGUCCACAUUGUUACAGAGAAAGGAAAAGGGUAUCCUCAUGCAGAGGCUGCUGCCGAUAAGAUGCACGGUGUUGUGAAGUUUGAUCCUGAAACCGGGAAGCAAUUCAAGUCGAAGUCAUCCACUCUCUCGUACACACAGUACUUCGCGGAGUCUCUCAUCAAAGAGGCCGAGGUCGACGAUAAGAUUGUGGCUGUUCAUGCUGCCAUGGGCGGUGGCACAGGGCUGAAUUAUUUCCAAAAGAGGUUUCCUGAGAAGUGCUUCGAUGUGGGAAUUGCCGAGCAACAUGCAGUCACUUUUGCUGCCGGGUUGGCUGCAGAGGGCCUGAAGCCCUUCUGUGCCAUCUAUUCCUCGUUUCUGCAACGAGGAUAUGAUCAGGUGGUUCAUGAUGUGGACUUGCAGAAGAUUCCGGUUCGGUUUGCACUCGAUCGAGCUGGCCUCGUCGGUGCCGACGGACCUACACAUUGCGGGGCAUUCGACAUCACCUACAUGGCCUGCUUGCCCAACAUGAUCGUGAUGGCUCCAUCUGAUGAAGCUGAACUGAUGCAUAUGGUGGCCACAGCGGCAGCCAUUGAUGACAGACCUAGCUGCUUCAGAUUCCCUAGGGGCAAUGGAGUUGGAGUGCCCCUCCCUACAGGCUACAAAGGCACUCCUCUUGAGGUUGGGAAGGGUAGGAUUCUGAUGGAAGGAGAUAGAGUGGCCAUCCUCGGAUAUGGUUCCAUAGUUCAGACAUGCUUACAGGCUGCAGACUCACUUAAGACCCAUGGAAUCUUUACAACAGUGGCUGAUGCUCGGUUCUGUAAGCCUCUGGAUGUGGAACUGAUCAGGAGGCUGGUAGAUGAGCAUGAGAUACUGAUCACAGUGGAGGAGGGCUCCAUUGGAGGUUUCGGUUCGCAUGUCGCGCAGUUCUUGGGCCUGAAUGGCCUUCUGGAUGGACACCUCAAGCUGAGAUCAAUCUUUUUGCCUGACCGAUACAUCGACCACGGAUCGCCAAAGGACCAAGUCGAAGCGGCUGGACUUUCCUCCGAGCAGAUUGCAGGAACCGUGCUCAAUCUCUUGGGCAAACCGAAGGAAGCAUUGCACCUCCAAUGAAAAAAUCGGAGCAAUCAAAUAUGCAAUUACUACAGAACAACAAAAUUUAGAUUCAAGGGAAUAUGAGGGUUUGGAAUUAAUUGCAAAUACCACCCUUUGCCUUCCCAUCUUUUCGUUCUUCAUUGCUGCCUCAUCCUCGGUUCAAAUAUGUGAGAGGAUGAAUAUAAUUUAUCGAUCUGAUUCCAUUUAAUUCAAGCAAUUGGAAUAAGAAUUCUGUUUAUGACUUUUUA